AUGUCCCUGGUGUCUGGUCCCGGCAGGGCCGGAGGCAGCCUAUCCAGCCAAGACCUGUGUACUGCGAAACAUGUGGCUUACAUCCAAAAACUGGACACUGAGACCAUUGACUUUGUGCUGUCCUGCCAGCAUGAUAAUGGCGGCUUCGGCGCCGCGCCGGGCCAUGAUCCACACAUGCUCUACACCGUCUCUGCGGUGCAGGUUCUGGUGAUGCUUGACGCGGCACACGAGCUCGAGAAGAGAGGCCGAGGGGGCAAGGAGAAAGUCGGAUCGUUCAUUGCCAAUCUGCAAGAUCGGGAAACAGGCUCUUUCAUGGGCGACGAGUGGGGCGAAACCGAUACUCGCUUUCUCUACGGCGCUCUCAAUGCGCUGUCGCUCCUGGGUCUCUUGAAUCUGGUGGAUGUGCCCAAGGCCGUGGCCUAUGUCCAAAGCUGCGAGAAUUUGGACGGCGCCUACGGAGUCCGUCCCGGCGCGGAGUCUCACUCGGGCCAAGUGUUCACCUGCGUGGCCGCAUUGGCUAUUGCAGGGCGCUUGGAUCUGGUGAACAAGGACCGGCUGGGGACGUGGUUAUGUGAACGCCAGGUCGACCAAGGUGGUCUCAAUGGCCGUCCCGAAAAGGUCGAGGAUGCUUGCUACAGCUGGUGGGUGGGAUCCAGCCUUGCUAUGAUUGAUCGACUCCACUGGAUCGAUGGCAACAAGCUGGCUGCCUUUAUCCUGAAAUGCCAGGAUCCAGAGGCAGGCGGGUUUGCCGACCGACCAGGCAACAUGGUGGAUGUUUACCACACUCAUUUUGCCAUUGCCGGAUUGAGUCUAUUGAACUCUCCGGGCAUUCAGGAAGUAGAUCCCAUUUAUUGUAUGCCUAGAACAAUCACAUCUCGAUGCUUAGCGCGGUGA